CUUCAAACUCAACCUAAAUCAAAAUCCUGAAGAGAUCUUCAAGCAAAGCUAGCAAAGCAAUAUUUCCCUCUGUUUCCAAGCUUACACUAGUGAGCAAAGAUGGCUCCUGAUAUCACUACCGCAGUUGCUACAGCCAAGCCCAGUGCCAUCAUCACGAGGCCAGCAAGCCCACCGACCCGAGCCUAUGUCACGUUCCUGGCCGGGAAUGGGGACUACGUGAAGGGUGUGGAGGGGCUGAUGAAGGGCCUCAGGAAGGUGGGGAGCAAGUACCCCCUCGUGGUGGCGGUCCUCCCAGACGUGCCUGAAGAGCACCGCGAGCUCCUUGUGGACCAGGGGUGCAUUGUCCGAGAGAUCGAACCAGUCUACCCGCCCGAGAGCCAGACCCAGUUCGCCAUGGCCUAUUAUGUCAUCAACUACUCCAAGCUCCGAAUCUGGGAGUUCGUGGAGUAUAGCAAGAUGAUUUACCUAGACGGCGACAUCCAAGUCUAUGACAACAUCGACCACCUCUUCAAUCUCCCCGACGGUCAGUUCAACGCCGUGAUGGACUGCUUCUGCGAGAAGACGUGGUCUCACACCCCGCAGUACAAGAUCGGCUACUGCCAGCAGUGCCCUGACAAGGUCCAGUGGCCCGAGGCCGAGCUGGGUCCACGCCCUGCGCUCUACUUCAAUGCGGGCAUGUUCGUGUUUGAGCCGUGCCUUCCGACCUACCACGACCUCCUCAAGACCCUCAAGGUCACCCCUCCCACCCCCUUUGCGGAGCAAGACUUCCUAAACAUGUAUUUCCGGGACAUCUACAGCCCAAUCCCCCCGGUCUACAACCUCGUACUGGCCAUGUUAUGGAGACAUCCUGAGAACAUUGACCUCGAGAGGGUCAAGGUUGUGCACUACUGCGCGGAUGGGUCGAAGCCGUGGAGGUACACUGGCAAGGAGGACAACAUGGAUCGAGAGGACAUCAAGAUGCUGGUGAAGAAGUGGUGGGACAUUUACGACGACGAGUCCCUGGACUACAAGAACUGCAUGACACCAGCAGAAGAGGCUGUGCCCGUAAACGUGCAGCGAUUCCUGGCAUCCCUGUCUGAGGCUGGUGUCGUUCAUUACCGACCCGCCCCAUCAGCUGCUUAGUUCAGGAUCCAGCCGGGUGGCCCCAUAGGCAUAUAGUGCGAUGAUCAUAGUGUACAGUGAAAUUAAGUUCCCUUGGACGUCCUUCCCUUACUAUUAUUUUUUGGCUGAAUUCUGUAGGUCAAAAGCAAAAGACAAUAUCUGAUAUUUUGUUUUUAUGUUUUGUGAUUUCUCAUUCGAUGUAAAGGUUCUUAACUAACGUAAAAUACUCUAUUAUGUAUAUCAAGGUUGGAGCAGUUAACUUGUGCA